AGGGAGGAGUGAGCGAGCGAGCGAGAGACGCGGCAAAGAACCGCCUCGCGCACCCUACGGGCCAAAGAGGGGCCCGCAGACAGACGCGGAAUUCUCAGGCGCUGAGGCGGCAAGAGCGUGAUGGCGGCGACGGCAACGACGGCGGUACCAAGGCUGAAAUGGGAAGCGACUCCGCGCUCCGCCGGGUCCUCCUCUCUUCCCGUGGCGACCGAGAGCCUAGCGUCGACGACGGCGGUCCCCUGGCUAGGAGUAGCGCUGCGGUUAUUGGUCGCGCUGCUUCUCAACGCGGCCCGGGCCGACAAAGAAGCUUUUAUCCAAUCAGAUAGCAUAAUAGAAGUCUUACGCUUUGAUGAAGGAGGCUUAUUACAGACUGAGACAGCUAUUGGUCUCAAUUCAUAUCAACAGAAAAGUGUUUCUAUGUAUCGAGGAAAUUGCAGACCUAUUCGGUUUGAACCACCAAUGCUGGAUUUUCAUGAACAGCCGGUUGGGAUGCCGAAAAUGGAAAAAGUUUACUUGCAUAAUCCCAGUUCAGAAGAGACUAUUAUAUUAGUUUCAAUAUCUGCAACAACAUCACACUUUCAUGCUUCUUUUUUUCAAAAUAGGAAAAUUAUCCCAGGAGGAAAUACAUCAUUUGAUGUAGUUUUUCUUGCAAGAGUUGUGGGAAAUGUAGAAAACACAUUAUUUAUUAACACAUCUAAUCAUGGGGUAUUUACUUACCAGGUGUUUGGAGUAGGAGUACCAAACCCUUACAGACUGCGGCCUUUUAUAGGAGCAAAAGUUCCAGUGAACAGCAGUUUUUCUCCUAUUAUAAAUAUACACAAUCCCCAUAGUGAACCUUUGCAGGUAGUAGAAAUGUAUUCAAGUGGGGGUGAUCUUCAUCUAGAGCUUCCAACUGGCCAACAAGGAGGAACGAAAAAAUUGUGGGAAAUCCCUCCAUAUGAAACUAAAGGAGUAAUGAGAGCAAGUUUUUCUUCAAGAGAAGCAGAUAAUUACACAGCAUUUAUUCGAAUAAAAACAAAUGCCUCAGAUACUACAGAGUUCAUUAUUCUUCCAGUAGAAGUAGAAGUUACAACAGCUCCAGGAAUUUAUUCAUCAACAGAAAUGCUAGAUUUUGGUACUUUAAGAACACAAGAUCUGCCAAAAAUUUUAAAUCUACAUUUGUUAAAUUCAGGAACAAAAGAUGUACCAAUAACUAGUGUUAGACCCACACCCCAAAAUGAAGCUAUCACAAUCCAUUUCAAGCCAAUUACAUUGCGAGCUUCUGAAAAUAAAUAUACCAAAGUUGCAACUAUUAGUUUUGAUGCAUCAAAAGCGAAACGACCUGCACAAUUUUCUGGAAAAAUAACUGUGAAAGCAAAAGAGAAGACCUAUUCAAAACUUGAAAUUCCAUAUCAGGCAGAAGUAUUGGAUGGAUAUUUGGGAUUUGAUCAUGCAGCAACAUUGUUUCAUAUUCAUGACAGUCCAACAGACUCUGUGGAAAGAUCAAUCUUUUUAACAAACACAUUCAAUUUUGCAGUCUUCAUUCAUGAUAUAAUACUUCCUGAAGAAAUCAAAGCAACAUUUAAAGUUCACAACUUCAGCAAACCAGUUUUAAUUCCACCAAAUGAAUCCAGAUAUAUUUUCACUCUUUAUUUUGUGGCUUCUUUAUCAUCUUUCCACAUUGAUAACAAUAUUCUGCUCAUUACCAAUGCCUCUAAAUUUCAUCUACCUGUGAGAGUAUAUACUGGGUUUUUAGAUGUGAGUACUACAUUAUUUGACUUUUUUCCCCUCCCUUGUUUUGAAAAUCACUGAGUUUCAUUGUAAUUUUAUAUGUAGUGAAGUGUUUUAUCUGAACCCAAAAUGAAACUUUAAAUUUUAGUCUUUCCAUUUACUUAAAUCUAAAUUAAAGGAUAUGCACUAGCUGUAGAAUUCACUUUACACUAAUUUGGUGCUUUGGAAAAUAGCCUGAUGAAAUCAGAAGUUGCCAAAUAUGGUUCCACCACAAAACCGCGGACGACAAAA